GCUCAAAAUGGACAUUUUCGGAGCCGAAUUGACACCAGUAAACAGUUCGGUUUUACACAACUGAUAUAACUUUACCUCAAAAUUUCUUUCUUAAGGCACAAUCGAUUGAGUUUUAUCGAGUUUUGCGCUUGAUUAGCUUUAUCGGUGUUUGACUGACGUCGGGUCGAAUGAAGUCUCGCGAGAUGAGAAUGUUAACGUGAAGUCGUGCUAGCAGCUUUUUUAGCCUGCUUCAAAACCUAAACACACUGACACACAUACUUACAGUACACACACUCUCUUUCUCGCUGGAGUUUAGUUGAUUGUUUUUAAAGGAUUACAAAUAAAGAUAAAUGGAAGCCAUGUUGAUGGAUGUAUAAUAAGAUAUUUAAAAAUAUUGAUAAGUUUAAUAGAGAGAGAAGAAGGCUGGUUGUUCUUGUGAGGUAUUUGAAAGCUAACGUUAAUGUUUUUCUACCGAAGGGAGAGGCGGGGAACACACACACACAACACACACACACUAUUAGUUUUUGGAUGCAGUCGCUUUACACGGCAUUUCUUUGGGAAGUCUGAUUCUUCGGCCUGGAUUUCACUUUCCUGAGGACAACAGCAAGAUUUCGAGGCGUUUCAUGGAUUAUCUGUGUUUCAGAACUCUGUGCUGUAAAGGUCCGCCCCCUCCCAGACCGGAGUAUGAUGUAGUGUGUAUUGGACUGACGGGCUCUGGAAAGACCAGCCUGCUUUCCAGACUGUGCAACGAAGCCACAGACACGAUCGUACCUACCACAGGUUUUAGCAUUAAAGCAGUUCCGUUCCAGAACGCCAUCUUAAACGUCAAAGAGCUGGGAGGAGCUGACUCCAUUAAGAAGUACUGGAGCCGUUACUAUCAGGGCUCUCAGGGCGUGGUGUUUGUGUUAGACAGCGCUUCAUCUGACGAGGAUCUGGAGGCGGCGCGUACAGAGCUGCACUCGGCCCUGCAGCACCCACAGCUCUGCACCCUGCCCUUCCUCAUCCUCGCCAACCAGCAGGACAAACCGGCUGCACGCUCCAUCCACGAGAUAAAGAAAUAUUUUGAGCUGGAACCUUUGGCUCGGGGGAAGAGCUGGUUGCUCGAGGGAAGCACAGUAGACAACAUGGAUGCCGUGAAGGAGAGCUUCAGCCAACUCAUCCACCUGCUGGAGGAAAAGGACCAGGAGACAGGCAGGAUAUGAACUGGGAAUUUUCUCCGAAUCCCAGCAUUUGCCAUCCUGGACAGUACAGAUGUCCAUCUCCUCACCACAGGCGAGAGUGUGUGUGUGUGUUUGUUUUUACUCUGACUCAAACACAGAAGGCUGAAAGACAUACAGAUUUACACAAGUGGAGUUUAUAUCGUAUCAUAUAUAUUUGACGUAUGAUAUGUUGUUAUUAGGUUCUCUGUGUUACUACCACAAGUUACCGGACUGUCGAUUCGCGUCGUCAGUAAACACAGUUCCAUGUUCUGUGUCCUGUGUAAUGCAUACCUAGUUGCACAUUGCUGCAUAACUGAUAAAGUUAAACACUUUUUUUUUUCUUGGUAUGUAGAGAAACUAGAUAGAUAGUUUUUCUUAAUAUGUAAAUUGUUCUGUUUAGUAUGUGUGUGUGUGUGUGUGCGCAAAAUGAACGUUUGUACUUUAAAAGCCUUAAAGUAUGAGAUGUGGUGGGUUUUUUUUUUUUUAAAUCAAACUACAGUGACUUAUUAAACCAUAAAACAGUCUUAAAUAAUCAUGGCUGUGAAUUUAUCACUUUAUUCCCAAAACCAUAAACAAAAAUUCCAAGAUUCCAGAAUGGCAGAAUUCCUCUGCAUGUCUCUCUGGUUUAAUUUGUAGUAAUCAUGCAUCGUGCAGGAAGAUGAGGAUUGUUUGAGGUUUUGUGAUGCAUUUCAGUACUGUUAUUCUGUAGUUGUACUUUUUUUUUUUUAUAACCACAGCAUAUCAAAGUGGAAGGGUUUUUCCUGUCCGAGAUCUGUCCCUUCUCUCUCUCUCUCUCUCUCUCUCUCUCUGUCCUAGUGAUUUAUCACAGGAAUUCUUCACCAGAAUGAUGUAGGGCCGGUUACACAUCGUGAUCUCGUUCUUAUAAGGUUCUAUUUGGGUUUUGAGAUCAAUGUUUUGACAUUCCAGCUACUGAAAUGUGAAAUUUGCGUUGUAGCUCAACAAGGACUGUGUGUUGAUUCAAAUUUAAAAGUUACAUUAUCAUAAUUCCAACGUCGGCCUUUUUUACUCAUUCAGAACAGUUUUCAUGUUUAAGGCCAGUAGGGAUGGGGCAUAAUAAUACGUGAGCAUAACACUUUUUCAAAAUAAUCCUUGUACAAAUCAUCACCGCUAUUAACUUUAUUUGUAAAAUGUUAGAUUUGACACUUCAUUGUAAGCCUGGUUAAUCUUUUUCACGUAAUUUUCAUCCUUUUUUUUGGUUGAAAGCGCCGACUAUUGCCCCGUUUACAGCCAAAAUCCAAUAAAUAUAGCUACCUGAUAUUAACUUUUCUAACAUUAGCAAAAUCUUGUUAACGUUUAAUGGAUUUUAUUUCAGAACGUGAGAUAGGGAGAAGGGGGUGUGGCUUCCAUGCAUUGAAGCAUCAAUGCAACAUCUUUUGUUGAUCUAGUUUCUAGAUUCAUAUGUUGAUUGGCUUCCAUUUUAUUGGUGAGAAAAGGUGUAUUUUUUUUUGUGAUAAUUCAUACGAGUGUACUCCGAUGUAAAAUAAAGUUAGCUUUCUGCUGCAAAAGAUGUUUACAAAUGACUUUAUAAAAUUAUGAUGCGUCUGUCGAUAAAAGCUACUUUCGCUCCGUGAGGCUUCAAGUCUUUACAAUGUGGAUUUAGAUCAUUCAAGGCUGCCGAUGUUGCAUUCAUCCUGGAUGAUUGGCUGGCAGAUACCGUAGCACCUUUAUAAAAUCUGUAACUCUGGAAAUAUAGUUUUGUUUUGUUUGUUUUUUUUAAUUAUUGCACCAAAAACUUUGCGCACAAAAUAACCCCACUACAAGACAAAGUGAUGAAAUUUCUCAAGCAAGCUGUCGGAUAGAACCUGGAUAAUACCGAGGUUACGAUACAUCAAUGAAUUCGCCUUCACUUUUCUAUGUCUCGUUAGAUUUCAGUAAAUUUUCUUACUGUUGCCUCUGAAUGUAAAGCUCCACUAUCCUUUUCUCAAACCGUCAGUAGUGCCUCUUGUUUAGAUGGAGGUCCUCCAUCUAAUCCUUUUUUUUUUUUAAAGCUCUGUCUCCCUUCCCAACUUCAGACUUGAGUGCCAAUCCAGUCACUAUCCAAUCCAAACUAUUCCUCGUGCCAUUAAUUACGGUGUCUCUCCAAAACCAAAAGAAAUCCUGCUUUAGCUCUAAUGAUGCCGAGACUUUGUAGCAUACAUCCAGCAUUUGUACCGCUUGAAAAGACUUUAAUAGCCACCUGGGCAAUUUAACUGCCUUUUUAUAAUUCACACAAUUUGUACAUUUUGUUACAGAUUAUCAGUUUUUGUUUUGUUGUUUGUGUUUAAUUUUAGUUUGUUUUUAGUUUUUUGAAGGCCACAUGCCUGUCUUUGUACUGGAACAAAUUUAAAUACAUCAAAGUUUAGAUCAUGACGACUGGGAUGUCAGUCAAAUUGUGUGUGUAUGUGUGUGUGUGUAUAUAUAUCUGUAAUUUAUGCGUAAUUUCCACUGAGCGACAUGAACAAUAAAGGCUGAAAUAGGAGAAAUUA